AUGGAAGGUGACCAUCACACUGGCAACAUAAUGGAAGGUGACCAUCACACUGGCAACAUAAUGGAGGCUGACCAUCACACUGACAACAUAAUGGAGGCUAACCAUCACACUGGCAACAUAAUGGAAGGUGACCAUCACACUGGCAACAUAAUGGAGGCUGACCAUCACACUGACAACAUAAUGGAUGGUGACCAUCACACUGGCAACAUAAUGGAAGGUGACCAUCACACUGGCAACAUAAUGGAGGCUGACCAUCACACUGACAACAUAAUGGAGGCUGACCAUCACACUGGCAACAUAAUGGAUGGUGACCAUCACACUGGCAACAUAAUGGAUGGUGACCAUCACACUGCCAACAUAAUGGAUGGUGACCAUCACACUGGCAACAUAAUGGAUGGUGACCAUCACACAGCCAACAUAAUGGAUGGUGACCAUCACACUGGCAACAUAAUGGAUGGUGACCAUCACACUGACAACAUAAUGGAUGGUGACCAUCACACUGGCAACAUAAUGGAUGGUGACCAUCACACUGGCAACAUAAUGGAUGGUGACCAUCACACUGGCAACAAUGGAUGGUGA